GCAUAAUGGCGCGGUGUUACAAAGACUUUGUUUUUUGCUCAUAAUGUUUAAGUGUUUACCUAUUAUUGGACCAUGCGGAAGACAAAUAGAUCAUAUUGACAGGCGUCAUUCAAAGCUAGAACAAGUUCCAGAUGAUGUUAUGCGGAAUUUUCGCACUUUAGAAGAGUGUCGUUUGGAUGCUAAUCAAAUAAAGGAAUUACCGAAGAAUUUCUUCCGGUUGAAACGCAUUCGCCUGCUAACACUAAGUGAUAAUGAACUGACCCGUUUGCCAACCGGAAUCGGUAGCUUUUCCAGUCUUGUUGAACUGGACAUCAGUAGAAAUGAUAUAUCUGAGCUUCCAGCAAGUAUCCGGUUCUGUGACUCGUUGCAGAGUUUAGAUGUGAGCAACAACCCUUUGCAAAGCUUACCUGAUGGGUUCUGCCAACUGCGAAAUCUUCGAGUUUUGUGUCUAAAUGAUAUUUCGAUCUCUGAACUUCCUGAAGAAAUAGGCAGUUUACAGCUACUAGAAAAAUUGGAGCUGCGUGAUAAUUGUCUCAAAACAAUUCCUGAUUCAUUCGCUGAUCUUAUCCAUUUGGAGUUUCUUGACCUUGGAGCUAAUGAGUUUCAAGAGCUGUCCCCUGUUAUUGGUCAGCUGUCUCAUUUAAGCGAAUUAUGGAUAGACGAUAACGAAUUAAGAUCAUUACCUGAGGAACUAGGAAAUCUUGUGAAUUUACAGCAGUUAGAUUUAUCGGAAAAUUUGAUCUCUUCACUGCCUGAAAGUAUUUCUGGACUAGUCUCAUUAUCAGAUUUGAACUUGUCGCAGAACAGUAUUACACACUUGCCGAAUGGUUUAGGUGAUUUGAAAAAGUUAAUUAUUUUAAAACUCAAUCAGAAUCGGUUGUUAACACUGACGCCGACUGUAGGAAACUGCUCAGGUUUACAAGAAUUAUACUUGACUGAAAAUUUUCUAUCUACACUUCCUGGGUCCAUCGGUGAUUUGACUGCUAUGUUUCAUCUGAAUGUUGACCAAAAUCAACUGACUGAAUUGCCUACACAAAUUGGCCAGUGUAUAUCACUAAACAUUCUAUCUCUCCGAGAGAAUAAUCUGCGUAGACUACCAAGUGAAAUUGGUAAUUGUACACGUUUACGAGUGUUGGAUGUUUCUGGGAAUAGACUUGAUCGUUUACCAAUCAGUUUAUCAGGGUGCUCAUUAACAGCUUUAUGGCUAUCGCAAAAUCAAUCUCAACCAGUUGUUACACUUCUGAAAGAUGUAGAUCCUAUUUCACAUGAAGAAUAUCUUACUUGCUAUUUACUCCCUCAAGAACAAUUAGAUUCACGUAUUGAAACAGAUCCGACUGUGUCGCCAUCUGAGUUGGCAAGUUAUUCUGGAUCAGUGAACCCUGAUGCUAAAACAAACCAUGAUUUAUCUGAUGGUCUCAGUGUAGAAGUAAAUCAAGCCUACGAACCUGCAGAUAUGCAUAUUUCAACUUCUAAGCCAACUCUUCCAAGUGAUCGAACUAUCUCACCUUUAAGUCAUGAAUCCAUCAAACCUUCUACUAUUUUACCUUCGCCAACACUAAGUGGUAAUUCUACAAUUACAAAUGAUCCUAGCUCCCUAAAACUGAGCUCAAUAUCUACUGCUAUCAGUAAUAAAAAAUCGCCUUAUCUAGCUACAACAACAACUACUUUCACUUCAUCUGUGAAUGGUAAUUUAGACCCCACAUAUACAUCACCUAAUCAAACCAACAAUCUAUCUACUUCGUCUACACAUUCAUCAUUAUCUAUGCCAACGUCUACAUCAGCACGCGUACAUUUCUCCGGUUCAUUGAAACCUGAUGAGUCGGAUAAAUCAGUAUCGAAAGGAUUUCCAAAAACACGUCAUCCACGUUCCGGUAAGAAGACUACAGAUGGUUAUGCUAUUGACGGUAAAAGUGAAUUAAAUCACUUUGGAAAUAUAAAUUCACCGAGCAAUACAACUCGCGAUGGUUCAGGCUUCACAAGUUCAUCAGAAUCCUUAGAUGAGAAUUUCAAUGAUAAUGCUGUACCGUUGUCUCAUCCUGAAACUUCGAACCAGGACAUAAAAUCCCCUAUAGCUAGCAAUCACAACUUAGAUCCAUCUGCUUAUUCGAAUAAUCGUAAUCUAAUCAAAUCAAUUGACGAGAAUUCUGUGACAACUAUCAAUGACAACGCAAUGUCCACUGGACCUACCGCUAAACCACGCAAUAAAACUCGAAAUUCAAUGGAAAUAUCUACCGCUAACUCAACGUCUCCCGGAUAUUUCAAUCAUGUGUCAACUCCAAAAAGUCCAACAAGUGUUUGUAGACCUAAACUUCCUGUCGAUCCAAUGAUUAGAAUUGCUUCUGAGGAAGAUACUUCAGAAAAUCCAUCUCAUCUUUCCUCUCCAGUAAAGAAAUUGCCUGAUACUUUGGAUGUACAAGGAAAUCUGGAUGAUGAUGCCUACAGUAGCGGAGGUGAGGAAAUUUAUGUGAUUUCCAGACGAGUUGGAUUUACAGAUGAUGUUGAAGAUAAUGAAGAGAAAUCGAAUCAGAAACUUAUCCGACGUGAUACACCACAUUAUACAAAGCGUGCUCGAAUCCAGUCGAAAACUGCGGAUGGAGUGGAUAGUGAAGAGGCAGUUUUGAGAAUCUUAGAAAAGUAUCGAGCAUCAGUUUCACCAAAUCCUGAUUCAAGUUUAGCUGAACCUGAUGGAACAGUUAGACGAUAUAUAUCACCCUAUGGUGGUUUAUAUGCUCCAGAUAUUCCUUUGCAAAAUCGUGAAUUGCAUUCCCCAUCUACUCUACACCGUCAACCUACUGCUACUUUACAAGAACAAGUCGAAGUGCAUAUUCAUCGACAACCUGGUGCUGGUUUGGGUCUUAGUGUUGCUGGUGGUGUUGGGUCGAUACCGUUUCGUGGUUCAGACCAAGGAAUAUUUGUUAGUCGACUAAAUCCUACGGGACUAGCUGCCGCAUCUGGACUUAAACUUGGCGAUAAACUAUUGGAGGUUAAUGGUGUUAAUCUUGUCAAUGUUGAGCAUCAUGUGGCUGUUUCUGCUCUGCGUGCCAAUACAAACUAUUUUCGUGUUUUGGUUUCUCGAGAUAUCAAUAUGUCUACUACAAUAGACAGUCAUAAAAUGAAUUCUCCAACAGCAGGUUUAGCACUGCCUACUAAUUCUCCGCUCAUGGGAAAUAAUAUAAAAAGCGUACCUGAACACAUUCAUUGUACAUUGAUUCGGGAUUCAAAUGGUCUUGGUUUUAGUAUUGCUGGUGGUCGUGGUUCACUUCCUCCAUUGUUAGAUAAUGAAGCCAUCUAUGUCAGUAAAAUAACUGAAGGUGGAGCUGCUCAAAGACAAGGUCGAAUAAAAACUGGAGAUCAGAUAAUAAGUAUAAACGGUGUUGACAUUAGAAAUGCUCGCCAUGAUGAAGCUAUUUCAUUGUUAACUAGUUCUCAAUCAGUAAACUUAGAGUUGCUUCGCUAUAAUGUCGAUGAUAGUGGUAAUUUCAAUAGUCCUGUAAAAACAUGUAAGAUUUUUCCCAAUGUUUUUCUUAUUUUGCUAUCUUUUAGAGGUGAUAAGUAAUAUUUUUAAUCUUAGGUAAACCAAUCAUUGGUUUUAAUAUUUUUUAGUGUAUAUUCAGUAUUGCAGUAGUAAUGGAGUUUUGUGGUUCAGAAUAGUGAGAAUUUUCAUUUGAUACUUUUUCUAAUUUUUUCCCCUUUAAAUUGGACAUGCUCUGUCUACAACUAGCAUUUAUCUAUGUCGAUAAAUAUUGUUUAUUUUGAGAACAAAAGAUCAUUGCAGAACUCGGUAUAGCUUGAUGAAAGUUGAUAAUAAUCCUAUCUAUGUAGUAUAGGAGUUUUUAGAGUAUAAAGAAGUAGUUCAGGUUACAAGAGAAAUUCCAUUUUUAUCUUUAGUUGUAUAAUCCUAGUUACAUACGUCCGUUCAUUCAACUGGAUUAUUUGUAUCCUAGAAGCUUGUAUACAAUACUGGAACUAGAGUCAAUCAACAGAUAAUUAUGACCUGAAAUUUGAGUGAAUCAUUUUGCAACUCUCUUUAUUAGGAGUAAAGAAUGCUAAUUCAUCAAAAUUUAAGAGUAGAAUUUCGCAACUGUGUUGGAUUCUGAUUCGAUAAAUUCAUACGAUGUAACAAACUCUGAAACAAUACUAUUUAUUGAUUGACGUUUCGAGCACAAGCUUGUAUUAUUAUAAGCAGUAAUUAGUUCUGUAUAUAUCAACCAGUGAAUAAUACCGUUUUAUUGUGUGCUAUAUCAAAGAAUUUCAGAACUCACUUUUAAUAUUCUGCUCUUUUAAAUUUAUUUCGAAAGCAACAAAUGGUUACAUUACAUCACCAGCUGUUGUGGUCAAGAGAUCGGAUGAUUUUCAAAAUGCUACCGAAUCAAUAGACCUGAAUACGGAUGGUUGUAUCUUUGGGAAGUCUGAUUCUCGAGUGUAUCUUUAUAGCGAAAAAGGUAUACCUGUAGAACGAAUUACGAUUCGUACUGGUGGUGGACCUUUAGGUUUAGCGAUAUGUAGCGGAUCAGAUACUACGCAUCUUCCAUUUGGGAGUAACGAGCCAGGUAUUUUCAUAUCUAAGGUAAUAAUUUGGACAUGAAAAUCGCAUUCAUUUUUAUAUUUAAUGCACAUGCUUUUCAUGAGGAUGUUUUUUUUCAAUCAGAAACACCAGUUAUUGCAUUUUAACUCAAUAGCAGUGUUCUCGUCACGAGACCUGACGGUCCUACGUGUCUGUCCCUUCCAGAAUCAUGAGUGUCAACUGCUUAGGAAUCUCUAACUAAGAACAGUUGUUCACUACUCGUGUAUUUCCAUUCCACUUCUCAUGUUAACAGUUGCUCAAAACUCAGCAGCUACCUAGUAAAAGUAAACUGAUUUGGUGUUCCUCAGAAUUAGCAGCCCAUGUCGCGGUAAUGUAAAAGUGGGUAACUCCUAGGCAUUUUACAAUUUAGUAAACUACAAAUGUCCUGAUGGAUAUGAGCAUACGAAGUCACAGCUCUCAUCCUUUCUUUACAUUUUGACAUUGGUGAUAUCUAAAAAUAGUUCAAUGAGCGACUGGUCAUACAAGAACUUUCGUAGGAACAUCAGGAUGACUACCUUCGUAAAUUGCUCAUAAAAUGAGUAGGUGACAACUAAUUUGUAUCACUCAACACUUAGCAUUAUCAUUGGUUCAUUCUAUAACAAGUUUUCGUCUACUACUGUAGAAUAAAACUCGUUAGAACCGAUGAGAUUACUUAUUCCAAGAUGUAAAUGAGUGCCUAUAAAACAAUAAAAUCUCACAUUCGGCACAGUUUAUACAAGUGAUCUGUGCAUUCUACAUUCUAGACCAAAUCUCUUUAGGUCUCUAGUAUUUUACCUGUCCUCUGUAUUUCCUUCAUAUGUUUCUCGUUUCUUUGUGUAGAUUCCUAGCGAUUGGAUUUCACUCUCGAUUACUUUUCUCAUCUAUCUGAGUACUGUUUAUAUGCGUUCUUGUAAGUAGAACGCAUCACUACAUAUGGCAGUCGUUCCGACGAACAGAUACACAGAAGUAUGCAAUCUUAAUUAAUAGUCUAAAAUCUACGGUUGCACCUCCAGAAACGGUCUCUAAUAACUUCAGGUAUCUUGCUAUUUCCCAAAUGGUAGUUAAUCGAAGUCCAGAACGUCGGUUAGUAUGAUGAUGAGCGAAACCAAUCUUGUACUUGUUAAAAUAUGGUUAACUACGUCGUUUUUUCAUUUCUUCGGUUAGAAUCAAAAUGAUUCAGAAGCAGUUUAACACUAUAAACAUAGUGAUGCCGCUACCACUAACAUGUUUCAUUAGCAAGAAGCUGAAUUCCGCUGAGGGUUCCAAGUUUAGCAUUUUUUUUCACCACCAUUCAACCCAUACAUAAUUUCUACCUACCUUGACUAUCCUAUUCGUCGGUUAGUAGCUAGCAACCUGAAGUCUUGAAUGGAUAUUAACUUGCCAUAUGGAUAUUGUUGGCUCAGAUCUUUUACAAAUCUCUAUCUGUUUACUCCAAUUACGAUGACGGGGAAGAAAAAACCGUCUUUGGAAAAGAAGUUUACGAUAAGAAGGACUGAGCAGGGCUCGUGAUAUCGCAUACACUUGUGACAGUAUUGCAUCUCAAAUAAUCAUCGUCCACACGAUUCGUGUAGUAUUUCCUCUUAGUUUUGCCGCAGAAACUUAUUAUUCUUCUUCUUGGAUAGUGUGUUAAAUAUUACGCGACUCCUUUCUUGCUGAAUUCCCUCUUAUGAAAUUAUAUUAAUUUUUAUAGAUUUCUGCGGAUGGUGCUGCUGCCAAUACUGGCUUGCGCAUUGGAGACAGGAUUCUUAGGGUUAACGGAGUGGACUUGAGGCAUGCUACACAUGACGAAGCUGUGCAAGAAUUGAUAAAACCUGUUAAGGAGCUUCAAUUGGAGGUACGCAGAGACCCCCCUCCUCCCGGCCUAAGGGUACGUUAAGAGUUUCCUGGUUAUCAACUUAUGUAUUUGAAUAUAAUUUCACUGAUGUAUUUUUGUCUUUAGUGUAUCACUGUGACCAAACGACCUGGAGAGCGAUAUGGGUUGCGUGUUACAGGUGGACUUAGCACUGGUGAUUGCAGUCCAGUAGCUUCGUUAGGAUCAUGCAUGUCAUCGCUGGCUAAUGAUGAUGGAAUAUUUGUAACAUGGGUUUCACCCGAUGGUGUAAUUGCUCGAGAUGGUCGACUGAAACCAGGUGAUAGGCUACUUGAAAUCAAUGGACAUUGGUUAAUGGGAGUCACCCUUGAUGAAGUAUUGCAUCUGUUUAGAGAAGCACAAUCAACACUGACAUGCGUCGUGUGCCAAGGGCCUGCCGACUUUGCCGCACAAAUUGGUAAGACAAGUCACUCAAGGAAUGCAGAAAUACAGUUUGCUUCCGCUAUGCCAUUUUCUAUUAUACGUUCUGCUAUAUCAUCAAUUCCUGAUGCGUCUGUUGAUGACAGCCCUGCAACCAACUCACAAAUGGAUAUAACUAACAGCGUCCACAGAAUAAACCUGGGUUCCGCUGUUGGUGACUAGCAGAAAAUAUUUGAAUAGAGAAAUAGAAUUACACAACCCAUGGUCCUCUUACUUCAACAGAAUAGUCAGUGUUUUGAAUGACUUUUCCUAAAACUGAAAACUUUGUUUUCUGUAAAGUGUUGUACAGCACCUUAUGACCUUUUUGUUACCCAUUUACAUAAUUUAGUUAUGUACGGACAGUUAUUCAUUCCCAAACAUUCAGUAGCGCACACACUGGUGCGCCCAUGUAAUUUUUUAUUUUUAAAAAGAAUGUUUAAAGUUCAUG